AGAGUCCGCCCGGCUCGCGCUCUGUCCGCCCGGCUAUCUGCGGUGGCUCUGAGUGGCCGGCUGUGCGCGGCGCCGUGCCCCCUGAUCUGGGGACACGGGUCAGCCGGCGGCGGCCCGUCGCCGCCCGGCCGGUCCUCAGUCAGCAGUGGUCAGUGUCCAGAGCGGCGGGCGCCGGCCGUCUCUCUGUGGGUGUUUGUGGUGUGUGACCGCGGCUCGGCUCUGGUGUUCGGGCUGAGCCGGGUGGGGAGCACCGGCGUACCGUCGAGACCCACCGACGGAAGAUGAACGGAGCGGCGGCCUACACAGUGGUCAGCCUGCCUGCUCAGGCGGCGGCGGUUGAGUCUCCGUCGUCAGUGCGCAGCACAGUGAUCUCAAUGGGAGGCGAGUCGCGCGGACGGCGCCCCGCCCAGACAGCGCGGAACGGAGGCACCGCUACACACCCGCUCGACAUCAACAUGGUGAAGGUGGCCGAGCGGGAGGAGCGCGAGGGCAUCGUGCUGUGGCGGCGACCUGUCACCACACUGCACUACUGCUCAAGAGAGCUGCUCAUUGAGCUGGUCCGACUCGUCAGAAAACUAUGGAGGAACCGGUUGAUGGUGGUGCUAGCGCUAAUGCUGGUCGCCCUCGGGGUGGUCAUCUACUACACAGACGGCGAGCACCAGGAGUCGAUCCGCCGGUUAGAGAAGCAGCUGCUCUGGUGUCUGUACUGGGUCGGACUGGGCGUACUGAGCUCAGUCGGACUCGGCACCGGCCUCCACACGUUCCUGCUCUAUCUGGGGCCGCAUAUCGCCGCCGUCACACUGGCUGCGUACGAGUGUGAGAGCCUCGACUUUCCCGAGCCGCCCUACCCGGACGAGAUCGUGUGCCCAGCCGAGGCGGGCCCGGCGGCUCACAUCACCAUGUGGUCCGUGAUGUCCAAGGUGCGACUCGAGGCGUUCAUGUGGGGCGCCGGUACCGCGCUCGGUGAACUGCCGCCCUACUUCAUGGCUCGCGCCGCACGACUCUCAGGGGUUCAGCCCGAUGAUGAGGACUUUGAGGAGUUUGAGGAACUCAGGAAGAAGAAGAAUGCAGGAGACCUGUCGCUCCUGGACAGGGCCAAACUGGGGGUGGAGCGUCUGGUAGAGCGGGUCGGCUUCUUCGGUAUCCUGGCAUGCGCCUCGAUCCCCAACCCGCUGUUCGACCUGGCCGGCAUCACGUGCGGACACUUCCUGGUACCCUUCUGGACCUUCUUCGGCGCCACGCUGAUCGGCAAGGCGGUGAUCAAGAUGCACAUUCAGAAGAUGUUCGUCAUCAUCACGUUCAACGAGCACCUGGUAGAGACGGCAGUGGAUCUGCUGGGCCGUCUACCGCUCGGGGACAAGGUUCAGGGACCUUUCAAGGACCUGCUGGAUAAGCAGAAGGAGAAGCUACACAGGAAGCCCGGCCAGGGCGUGGCACAGAGCUCUGAGAGUCUCCUCUCGGCCAUAUUCGAGAAGGUCAUCAUUAUCAUGGUGGUAUAUUUCGUCGUUUCCAUCGUCAACUCGAUGGCGCAGAGCUACCACAAGCGGCUGCACCGGCCCAAGGGACGAAAGGUGGCCAAGGACUGACUGCAGCGUCCGGGCGGCGGCGGGGACCGGGCCGGCCGCCGCCCGCGCGGACUGCUGCCCCGCUGAUAGCCGCCGCCGCAGCCACAGCCACAGCGUUCUCCGACUCGACAGCGGCGCCCUCGGCCGGUAAGGUGACUGCGGUACCCUGCCCACCACCGCGGCUACCCCUCAGUCAGUGAGGGAGAUAUAGUGACGGUUAACGGAUCAUGGGCGGUGGAUGACGGGACAGAAAGCCCUCCGUCCAGGCACGUUCCCGUCUGUCGGUCUAGAGAUGGCCACUACUUGCCAGAGGUGCCGCGACUGUCAGCGGGGGGCUCUCGACGGGUUUGAAACGCACGAGGUCGGUAAGGAUCAGACGAUCGCCGUAGGCAGGGAGCGAGUCAGUGGUUCUGUUCCGUCCGAUGAAAGAAAAACUAGCUAGAUUAUUUGAAUUAAUUUCCGAGCCCCUACGUUGUUCGUUUCAUUGGUUGACUUAAAAACAAUAACUUGUGUUGAAAGAUAUCGCUUCCGGUAUGAGAUGUCGUAGACCACAGAUAGCGACCAAGUGUGAUGGAAAUUCAGGGCAUUGGGUGUGUCCGUGCCAUGGGAGGCCGGUCGCCGGCCUCAGACCGACCUCUACCGCCUGUCCGCGUGGACGUGUCCGCCCGUGUCCGCGCGCCACGUGCGACGUGGCCACGUGUGUCGGCACGUGUCUCAGCUCAACUGGCGGCGCCGUGUCGCGGACCAGGCGGCCCGUGCCGCCCCUGUGACGACAGACAGUGAUAUGUGUGAUGUGCUGGCAUAUCGCACUGGCACUGUGACCGAUCGCAGGCUCUGCCGGCGACGUACAUAUUCCCGUGUGUCGCGUAGGUCCAGUGUUACAAGUGACAACCGAGCUAUAUUUUAGGGUCGGUGUGAGUUUGUGUGAGUGCGGUAUGUGUAUGAUGUGUUCUCCCAGAUACAAUGCAUUUUAUUAUCACCCAGCUCGUGUGCGGGCAGGUUCACAUUUUAUCGCCCUCAGUUGUAGAAAUUCACAAGGUAUUGGUGGUGCAUUAUUUAAUGUUUGCCGGUAAUUUAUGUUAAAUACAUGCGUAAUGUACCGUGA